AUGGAGAGCUCUAGCUCAACACACCCAACCAAAAAGGUUGCAGCGAAGUUCUCAGAGUCCGAGCUGGUACGAUUCGACCACACCGCUGCUGGCCAUGAUGGCAUCAGCUCCAAUGCCUCGGGUUCGCUCAUUAUCAAGCCCUGCACGCAGGCUGAGAUCGACUUCUACGAGUCCGCCAAAGACCACCCCUUGUUCCAGGCCCACAUGCCUACUUUCCUGGGGUCGCUCUCCGAGAAUGACGACCAAGAAGCUGUAGCGCCGUUGUUGCAGACCUCUCAAGAUGGCGUUGCUGCUCCAGCUGCGGUUCAGGGGACCGCCCCGAACACUGUACUGGGGCUCAACAGGCGCACUUCCUGGAAACCUUCCGGCGGCCAGAAACUCUCUACGGGCCUGGCGAUCGUUCUGGAGAAUGUCGUGUCCGGUUUCAAGCACCCCAAUGUGCUGGACGUUAAGCUCGGUGCCAGACUGUGGGAUGACGACGCGCCGUUGGCCAAGAGAAGGAAACUAGAUGACGUGGCGGCGAAGACAACGAGCGGGAGUCUAGGCUUUCGUCUUGCUGGGAUGAAAGUGUGGGCUGACUCCGGGGUCGAGGUGACCCCCGCGGAGAAAGAGUACGUCGAGGUCAAGAACGGGUACAAAUCCUACAACAAGUUCUACGGGCAGUCUUUCAAGGCAGAGAACGUCGUUGAUGCCUUCGAGACGUAUUUUGGCGGCGUCAGUGGCAGCCGCCAGGACGACUCGACCACUGGAAAGAACUCCCGAUUCAAGAGCCAGCGCGCCGAGUUUCUCAUCCGCCGGUUCAUCAGGGAACUGGAGAGUAUACAGUACGUGCUGGAAAACGAGGAGAGUCGAAUGUACAGCGCGAGCGUGUUGAUGGUGUAUGAAGGAGAUCCGGAGACGCUCGAGGCCAGCAUUGUGAAAGAGGAAGACGAGGAUGCCAGAGACGCAGGGGAUGGAGACAACGAGGACAACGAGGAAGAUGAAGAUGAAGACGACAACGACGACGAUGACGACGAAGAUGUCCGACCGCACAAGGUCCACGAAGUACGCCUCAUCGACUUUGCCCACGCGAGGUGGACGCCUGGCGACGGUCCGGACCAGAAUGUCCUUGCGGGCAUCCGGAGUCUGCUCCGGAUUCUGCGGGAUUUGGUCAAGGGAGACUAA